AUGGGGACCAAGGGGCACCUGAAACCCGUGGCAAAGAAGGAGGUGACACACAGCGGGAUAGAGGCUACCUUAGAGCAGCACUUGGAGGACACAAUGAAGAAUCCAUCUAUUUUCGGAGUCCUGUGCACAGAUUCACAGGGACUCAAUCUAGGUUGCUGCAGAACCCUGUCAGAUGAGCAUGCUGGGGUGAUAUCUGUACUAGCCCAGCAAGCAGCUAAGCUAACCUCGGACCCCACUGAUAUUCUUGUGGUGUAUCUAGAAUCAAAUAAUGGGAAGAUUAUGAUCCAGAAACAUGACGGCAUCACAGUGGCAGUUCACAAAAUGGCCUCCUGA